AUGAGUACAGGAGCUUCUACACCAACGGAGCCACCAGUCUCAGCAAAGAAGAAGGAAAGAAUCAUACCACAAGGGAUGAUACCAGAAUUUAACCCAAAGAAGGAAGCAUGGGCCGAGUUCAAAGAAAGAAUAGAGAUAGUAUGCGAAAUUCAUGAGAUCAAGGACAAUGGAUUGAAGAGAAACAUAUUGUUGACUUCUUUGUCACCGAAGGUAUAUCGAAAACUUCGAACAAGUUUAGCACCAAUAAAACCAGUGUCAGUAACGUAUGAGAAAGUAGUGGAAGUAUUGAAUAAGUUGUUGGAACCAGUUGAAAGUUUGUUAUUAAACAGACUUGUUUCUCUCUCUUUGAAACAAGAAUCAGAAAAAACAGUUGCUCAAUAUAGUGAGAGAGUAAAAGAGAAUGUUUCAAAAUGUGGUUUAGAUUCUUUUCCAAUAGCCAAAGACAUAAUGUUAACAUUAUGUUUUGUCAAUGGAUUAAAAGAAGGGGAAUACAAAAGGACCGCGAUUCAGCAACAUCGAAUCAAGGUUGAAUCAACAUUUGAAGAAACAAUUAGUGCAGUUGCAAGUGUGGAAUUGAUCCAAAACUCGGAGAAGGCAAAUGGAAUCUUUAAGGUAGAUGUAAAGAAAGAAGAAUGUUAUUGUUGUGGGAGAAAGAACCAUUUAAAAUUUAGAUGCAAAUUUAGAAAAGAAAAAUGCAAGUUAUGUGGGAAAAUUGGGCAUUUAGCCAGAAUGUGUAGAUCAAAGAAAUACAAAGAAAAAUCGAUUGAUAACGUAGAAAGUGAUGAUAAUGAUGUAAGCGAGGAAACGGACGAUCAAAUAUAUCAAAUUUGCGAGAUAUUAGAAAGAGGAGAUAAUGCAAAAGUGAUCGCAGUGAUCAACAAUAAAAGAGUUAAGAUGCUAUUAGAUACAGGGCAUGUAAAACAAUCAUUAAUGAAAUAG